AUGUGCUCCCGACAGAACUCUGGAGGCUGCCAUGAAACAUCCUCCCAGUCCAGGGGAUGCCACAGUCGGGGCUCGUCCUGCCGUGGGGCAAGUUCCUCCAGCUACCAAGCACUGGGCUCUUCUUCCUGCGGAACUGGAGGAUCCUCAGGCUAUGGCAUUGGAGGAGGCUACAGCGGUGGAUCAGGCCAAAAGAUCAUUGGGAGCUCUGGAGGUGGAGGAGGUGGCUCAUCCGGAUGCUGCAGUGGGGGAUCCAGUGGUGGGUCCUCAGGAGGCAAGAUCAUCAUAGCAGGAGGGGGGAGCAGUGGAGGAUCAUCCGGGUGCUGCAGCGGAGGAUCCUCAGGCUAUGGCAUCGGAGGAGGCUAUAGUGGUGGAUCCAGCCAAAAGAUCAUUGGGAGCUCUGGAGGUGGCUCAUCCGGAUGCUGCAGUGGAGGAUCCAGUGGUGGGUCCUCAGGAAGCAAGAUCAUCAUAGCAGGAGGGGGGAGCAGUGGAGGAUCAUCCGGGUGCUGCAGCGGGGGAUCCUCAGGCUAUGGCAUCGGAGGAGGCUAUAGUAGCUCAUCCGGAUGCUGCAGUGGGGGAUCCAGUGGUGGGUCCUCAGGAGGCAAAAUCAUCAUAGCAGGAGGGGGGAGCAGUGGAGGAUCAUCCGGGUGCUGCAGCGGGGGAUCCUCAGGCUAUGGCAUCGGAGGAGGCUACAGCGGUGGCAGUGGGGGAUCAGAGCAGAAGAUCAUUGGGAGCUCUGGAGGUGGCUCAUCCGGAUGCUGCAGUGGGGGAUCCAGUGGUGGGUCCUCAGGAGGCAAGAUCAUCAUAGCAGGAGGGGGGAGCAGUGGAGGAUCAUCUGGGUGCUGCAGCGGGGGAUCCUCAGGCUAUGGCAUCGGAGGAGGCUAUAGUGGUGGAUCCAGCCAAAAGAUCAUUGGGAGCUCUGGAGGUAGCUCAUCCGGAUGCUGCAGUGGGGGAUCCAGUGGUGGGUCCUCAGGAGGCAAGAUCAUCAUAGCAGGAGGAGGGAGCAGUGGAGGAUCAUCCGGGUGCUGCAGCGGAGGAUCCUCAGGCUAUGGCAUCGGAGGAGGCUACAGCGGAGGCAAAAUCAUCAUAGCAGGAGGGGGGAGCAGUGGAGGAUCAUCCGGGUGCUGCAGCGGAGGAUCCUCAGGCUAUGGCAUCGGAGGAGGCUACAGCGGUGGCAGUGGGGGAUCAGAGCAGAAGAUCAUUGGGAGCUCUGGAGGUGGCUCAUCUGGAUGCUGCAGUGGGGGAGCCAGUGGUGGGUCCUCAGGAGGCAAGAUCAUCAUAGCAGGAGGGGGGAGCAGCGGAGGAUCAUCUGGAUGCUGCAGUGGAGGAUUCAGCAGCGGCAGUUCCUCAGGCCACACAAUCAUCAGCAGCUCCGGAGGAGGCAGCGGAGGGUCCUCCCAGUCCAUGCAGCAGAAAUGCCCCAUUGUCAUUCCCAACAUUGAAUCCCAACAAACCAAGCAGGCCUGCCACUGGCCCCCCAGCCACCACAAGUAA